AUGAGGGACUCGGGACUUCAUAUUCCCAUAUUGGAGCUCAUCAAAAUUUCAAUGGUGCUAGUCCAGAUAGAGAAGCUGAACAGUUUGACAAACAAUUUGAUGAGGAAAUCUCCUAAGCCGCAAAGAUUAUCCGCUCGAAAUUUUGGAGCAGUUAGAUGGGAUGGUGAAUAUAUUUGGAAAAUUACCAUCAACUGUUGGGGGAAAAGGAGAAAGAGAGUGAAAGUGCAUGGUGAUGCAACAUCAAUAAGAAGCGGUCGUCCCAUUGGGAAAGAAGAAGUUAUUUACCUUGGUGAUAUUGAGUGGAUCCAAGCUCAUAGAUAUGUGAUCAAUAGUUUAUCAAUUGUUGACGACUAUAAAAAGGAACACUUGCAUGUACUUAAGCAUGAAAAUCCACGCAUGUCAAGUUACAAUAUGGAGAAAAUUCACAGUGAAACUUUUAAUGAUUGGUUUAAAGCUAAAGUUAGGGAACUGGAGCAAGCAAAUGGUUGUGAUAGUAUUCAUGAAGACAUUCGUCACUUGGCUGUUGGUCCAAGUAGAUGGGCUAGACGAUAUUCCGGUUACAUACAACAACCUAAUGAUGUGGAUAUUGUACAUAAUGACACAUCGUGGGCUAGAGCAGAUGUUGAAGGUGUCACACUUGACCCACCAAGUCCCAAGGCUAAAAGGAGUCGCCGCUUUGGUGAAGUUGACCCUAAUGAUUUAAGCUCAAGUGACGAAGAAAUAAUGUACGCUAGCGAUGGAUCUGAUGCUCCAAGUGAUGAUGAUGACUUUUUUGAACAAAGAAAUGUGGCAAAUGAGGAUAGCGAGGCUUAA